UCACGGCAACCGCAGAUCCUUAACCCACUGAGCGAGGCCAGGGAUCAAACUUGGGUCCUCAUGGAUGCUAGUCAGGUUUGUUAACCGCUGAGCCAUGAAAGGAACUCCAAGUCCCUCUGGUGUUGGUGCUUUGGGGACGUUGGGAUUCACCUGCCAUCCCCACUCUGAUCACUUUACCUCGGCUUUCGUUUUCCCAGUCCUCAAGACCAAGAGCGCCUUGAGUGGGCCUGACCCUCUGGUCCGCAGUCCCCGUGGGCAUCCCCUCAGGCUUCCCUUCCCCCCUCCACCCAGUUUCCAGAAUCCCACGCCACUCAGGUGUGAUGCUUCUCCUGGAGAAAGCGUUUUCUCGGCAGCGAAGCUUCUUUCCUUAGGGAGUGUUCCCAGAGGCAGAAUCCCCACCUGUGCAAGGUGGGUCCCCCUGUCACCGGUGCUGUUUGGUCACCUGUGCAGAAUGUUCUUCUCUGUGCUAAUGAGGAGGCCAGCCACACUGAGUUCUCCAAGAGCCAGCGGGAAUGGCCCUGACUCCAGGUCUUGAAAGUGAAGAAAGCAUUUGCCAUCAUCUGAGACAGAGGAUUGCUCAGGACUUGCAAAUGCGGGUGCCAGGAAAUAGGUGAGAGAGGACUACCUGAGGGAGACGGACCUGGUCUAAGAAACAACCUGUCAGGGAGACAUUAGGGAGAGGUGAAGACUGUGGCAAACUGGAGAGCACAUGCCCUCCGAAGAGGGCAGCUCAUGUCAGGUAGCAGCAGGGCCCAGAGUUGCCAGGACUUAAAAUCCCGAAGAUAUACCAGAAACCUGGAUGUUCGCGGCGACAAGAGAAGAGGCUUUGGAGGGUAAGUACAUGGACUCCAAUCCUGGCCCCGCCACUUCCUCUUCGGGUGCCCUUGAACCACUCACUGGACUCUCUUUGGUUUUUUCUUUUUUUUUUUCAGCCUCACCAACAGCAAGUGGAAGUUCCUGGGCCAGGGAUCGAAUCCAAGCCGGAACUGUGACCUUUGCUGCAGCAAUGCUGGAUCCUUAACCCACGGAGCCGGUGAACCGGCACCUCCACAGAGACAAACUGUAUUGAUCAUUAACCCACUGCGCCACAGCGGGAACUCCUGAACCCUCUCUUAUCUGUAAACUGGGGGUGGUAAUAACUUUACCAGCUGCGGGAGCUGCCCUGGGGGCCUGGGUUCCUGUGAACUAGGCUGGGGUCAUUGUGAAGGUUACAGCAUAGUAACCUGGAGGAGGAGCUUAACUGUCCCUGUCCUUGGCCCUCUGUGGGGGUCACAGGAAGCUGUGGAACUCAGAUUCUUCAGUUAACUGUCACCCUCACCACACACACCAGGGUCUGCCAGGACAGGGCAGCCCCACAGAGCUGCCACAGGAACCCAAAGCCACCAGGUGCCACAUGAGUCUGCUUCUCUCUCUCUCUGUCCCCCAGGGGUCCAGCCCCUGGGUUCUUCCACACUGACCACACUCAGCUGCAGGAGCAUCUGGGCAGGGAACCUGCCUGGGCUGGUGGGGUGCUGGGGGGAGGACGUGAUGCACUGUGGGGCUGCUGCAUCUCAGGAAGGGGCUUCAGGUACCCCCCAUGUACCCCUUGCCACACCCCGUGGGGCUGGGGGUGCUUGCAGGAUACAUGGAUCGGGGGUGUAAAAUAUUGGAGUGCCUGAGAGCAGGGCUCAGGAGUCAGGGUUCAGACGCGAGAACUUGGGUGGUCCCCCUCUAGAGCCCCAAUGACACCCUCCCCCCACCCCACAUGACAGGCACCGUAGUUCCUGGCCCCAUGGACCCCCUGCGGCGGUCCUCCUCCCCCUGCUUGCCACAGGCCUCCAGCCCCGAGAGCCCACCUUGCGAGAUGCUUGGAUAUGUGGGCAUCGAGGCUGUGCUGGAUCAACUGAAGAUCAAGGCCAUGAAGAUGGGGUUUGAGUUCAACAUCAUGGUGGUAGGACAGAGCGGGCUGGGCAAGUCCACCAUGGUGAACACGCUCUUCAAGUCCAAGAUGUGGAAAUCCACCCUGCCAGGCCUGGGGGGGCCCACUCCCCAGACGCUGCAGCUGCACUCGGUAACCCAUGUCAUCGAGGAGAACGGCGUGAAGCUGAAGCUGACGGUGACUGACACACCCGGCUUUGGGGACCAGAUCAACAAUGACAAGUGCUGGGACCCCAUCCUGGGCUACAUCAAUAAGCAGUACGAGCAGUACCUGCAGGAAGAGAUCCUCAUCACUCGCCAGCGACACAUCCCUGACACCCGGGUGCACUGCUGCGUGUACUUUGUGCCGCCCACCGGGCACUGCCUGCGGCCCCUGGACAUUGAGUUCCUACAGCGGCUCUGCCGGACUGUGAACGUGGUGCCGGUGAUCGCCCGGGCCGACAGCCUGACCAUUGAGGAGCGAGAGGCCUUCAGGCGCAGGAUCCAGCACAACCUGAAGACUCACGGCAUCGAGGUGUACCCGCAGAAGGGCUUCGACGAGGACAUCAACGAUAGGAUCCUCAACAGCAGGAUCCGGGACCGGAUCCCCUUUGCUGUGGUUGGGGCCGACCAAGAGCACAUGGUGAACGGGAGGUGUGUCCUGGGCCGGAAGACCAAGUGGGGCAUCAUUGAAGUGGAGAACAUGGCUCACUGUGAGUUCCCCCUCCUAAGAGACCUGCUCAUCCGCUCCCACCUCCAAGACCUGAAGGACAUUACCCACAAUGUCCACUACGAGAACUACCGCGUCAUCAGGCUGAACGAGAGCCACGCACUGCCCCGUGGGCCUGGCUGGGUGAACCUGGCCCCUGCCCCUGCCCCCACUCCCACCCCUGCCAGCCCCCGGACCAGCCCUGGGCUCACGAAGGUCUGCCGGUGGGCCCAGGACAACUCAGACGAGGACUCCUGAGCACGGGUGCAGCCCAGGGCCCGCGGGGCUCCCCGAGUCCUCGGCAGUCCCCCAACACACACCUGUGUCCCAGAGCAUGUAUUAAAAGUGGACAAUGCUUUUUAUGAAAAGCUGUGCUUUGAAAGCAAAAGGUGUUUUGUAAGUGACUUCUCUCAGCUCUUCUCAAAUCAAAAUACAGUUCUUUGUAAAGUGACAGGGUGAGACCCCCCGCCCUUGGGCUUCUUGAAGAUCUGGGCGGGCCUGCUGCCCAGAACCAGAGUCAAAUUCUAAAUUGCACUCUGCUGUCCCCAACCCCUCCGUCCUGGCACGGGGCACCAUAAACAGUUAAAAACUCCCCAUCUUUGGAGUUCCCGUCAUGGCUCAGUGAGUGGUUAACAAACCCGACUAGUAUCCAUGAGGAUGCAGGUUUGAUUCCUGGCCUCACGCAGUGGGUUAGAUCCCACACUGCUGUGA